GACCAGAAAACUAUACCAAAAUCAAGCCUUGGAUAUCAGUGUAGGUUACUUGUACAUUCCGCGUUAUAAAGUAUAGAUAUAGCCAAUAGUUGUGAAUUCUUUUUAACGUUUAUUAUAUAAGGGGUUCCACGGUGUAUCAGGAUGGAUGCGGGUACGGAAAAUGUUGUUGUCGAGGAUAUGCAAAAAGCAUUCAGAUGGUAUCACGGUGACGAUAUGGCUGGUGAACGAAGUGUUAUCGUUGGUAGCUCGCAUACAAACCAGAGGAUAGAGUGUUGGUGGCGACAGUUACAUCAAAGAUGCAUAGCGGCAUGGAAAGAUAAAUUUUGUCAAAUGGAAGAGCAAGGGAUUUUCUCAACAGCAGACGGUAUUCAUGUUUGCGUCAGAUUCUGUUUUAUGCAACUUAUUCAGCAUGAAUUGGACUUAAUACGGGCAGAGUGGAAUACACAUUAUAUAAGGAGGCAGACACGGGAAGGAACACCUUGUGGAAAGCCAGACAUUUUAUAUUUGUGUCCAGAAUUAUAUGGAACUUAUGACUACAAAUUCCCAGUUGAUGAGGCAGACUGCGAGUGCCUGGGUGAUAGCUGCGACGUUCCAUCUAGCACUGGAAUAGACGAAGAACUAGAAGGAAGAUUUCUUCAAAUGAUGAAACUGGAUGGAAUGCGUAUGCCGGAUACAUCAGCUGAAGCCAUCGACUUGCUUACCUGGCUUAUAAGCAAACUUGACUGACUGCUUGAGCAGAAAUGAUAUUCCAUUAAAGGCAU